UUAUUUUGUCCUUUUUCGCUCGGCUUGGGCCGCUCCAUGUGAAUCUUUUCAGAUCCAAGCCCAAUGAUACAAUUGGGCUCCACCGGGUUCUAUCGGAGAGCUAAUCCAUAGUCUUGCAUUUUACCUCGUCUGGAGAAUACGUUGAGGAGGGAACUACCGUCAACCGAUGGACUAAGCUAGGCUCCUCAAAUCCGCAGUUCUAGUUGUUCUGUGGCUGCAGCAAUGCAAGGAGGAUCAUCAGGCAUUGGCUAUGGUCUGAAAUACCAGGCCAGAUGCAUCGCGGAUGUCAAGGCAGAUACAGAUCACACCAGUUUCAUCACAGGCACUCUCAGUCUAAAAGAAGAAAACGAGGUGCAUUUGAUCAGGCUGUCGUCAGGUGGAACGGAGCUCAUAUGCGAAGGCUUGUUUUCGCACCCAAACGAGAUCUGGGACCUCGCUUCUUGUCCGUACGAUCAACGCGUCUUCUCCACCGUCUUCUCUUCCGGUGAAUCAUAUGGAGCAGCAGUCUGGCAGAUUCCUGAACUUUAUGGCCAGCUAAAUUCUCCUCAAUUGGAGCGAAUUGCUGUUCUUGAUGCACACGCUUGUAAGAUAAAAUGCAUUCUCUGGUGGCCAUCUGGAAGGCAUGAUAAGUUGGUCAGCAUUGAUGAUGAAAAUCUAUUCUUGUGGAGCUUAGACUCUUCAAGGAAGGCUGCACAGGUAAUAUCAAAGGAGUCGGCUGGAAUGCUGCAUUACUUAUCUGGGGGAGCUUGGGAUCCACAUGAUGUGAAUUCUGUUGCAUCAACAUGUGAAUGGUCAAUCCAAUUUUGGGAUCUGCGUACAAUGAAGAAGACAAAUUCAAUUGAGCAUGCCCAUGUCCGCAAUGUAGAUUAUGACACCAAGAAGAAGCACAUACUUGUAACUGCAGAGGAUGAAUCUGGGAUAUGCAUAUGGGAUCUUAGGAUGCCAAAGGUUCCAAUCAAAGAGCUUCCUGGACAUACACACUGGACAUGGACUGUGAAGUGCAAUCCAGAAUAUGGACUGAUUCUGAGUGCAGGAACAGAUUCAUCUGUCAACUUGUGGUUGGCUUCUAUGUCUAGUAAUGAUGACUUGACAUCUGAAAGCAGCCCAAUUGAGUCACCAACUCGACAGGUAGAUCCACUUCUCAAUUCCUACAGUGACUAUGAAGACAGUGUUUAUGGCCUUGCUUGGAGUUCCCGUGAGCCAUCAAUUUUUGCAUCAUUGUCGUAUGAUGGAAGGGUUGUUGUGGAAUCCGUGAAGCCCUACCUCUCCAAAAAAUGAAGGCCAAACCACAUGCUGUCGUCCAGAAGAUUAUUAUUACAUGACCCUGCUGUAUAUAGGCUUUGAAGAAUGCUACAGGGAAUGGUCCAUCCCUGCCCUCUCUUCCAUGAAUGAUUCGUGGUCUUGUGUUUUUUCAUAAACUUUUCUUCCCUUUCAGAAGGGAAAUCAUUCCAUUGAAUUAAUUGCUUCCCUACUUCAGUCUACAGAACCUUCACAUAACAGAAAUUCAAUUAUGCAACUGCACGGGGCUGAUAUUUUACUA